AUGCCCUGCUGCGGUAUCCCAUUGGCUGCUAUAUCCUCUGCAUGCAAAAUUGGAGAUACAGGUGCUUCGUCUCGUCUCGUCUCGUCUCGAGCACCACUGUCCGAGUUUGUUGAGAAGAAAUUCGCCCGUCUUAUUACCGUUGCAGAGAGUAUCAAGACAGACUCGGAUGCCCUGGCAUCCCUCACGUCUCCACGAUGGGAUCAUUUACUUGGUGACCAUGACCACACCAGAAGGCUGGAGUAA